AUGGUUGGCCUCAUGAUCGCUCAGUUCUUGGUCUCGAUUGACCGGACCAUCAUCUCGACGGCCAUCCCGUACAUCACACACGAGUUCCAGUCGACCCCGGAUAUCGGAUGGUACGGCUCGGCAUAUCUGCUUACAGCGUGUGCCUUCCAGCCACUGUUUGGGCGCAUUUUCAUGCUGUUCUCGAUCAAGAAGGCGUACUUGGCAGCCAUGUUUCUGUUUGAGAUCGGCUCGUUGCUUUGCGGAGUCGCAUCGAACUCCAUCACCCUAAUCGUCGGGCGAGCAAUCGCAGGUCUCGGCAGUGCAGGUAUUCUAACCGGUAGUUUUGUCGUUGUGGCAGCCGCUAUUCCGCUCCGGUCGCGCCCCAUCUUCAUGGCCGUCGUCGGUACAAUGUUCGGUGUCGGCGCUACCACAGGGCCACUCCUCGGCGGCGUCUUCACAGAUCUUGUGUCGUGGCGAUGGUGUUUCUACGUCAACCUCCCGCUCGGGGGUGCGACAGUCGUGGCGAUGCUCUUGUUUUUCCACCCGAAGAAAAACAGCAAUGCAGGCCGCGGUCUCGUCGAGCGGCUCUUGGAUUUGGACGUAGGCGGUAAUGCGUUGCUCCUAGGAGCAGCCAUGAUGUUGUUCCUAGCCCUCGAAUACACCACCCAAGGCAUAGCCUGGUCCAGCGCCAAGGUGGUCGGUCUUCUCGUCGGCGCCGGUGCCGUUACCGCAGUCUUCAUGGUGUGGCAGCGGUGGAAGGGUGAGGCGGCCUUGAUCCCUCCCAGGAUCUUCACGCAGCGCAGCGUGGCGGCGUCCUGCGGCAUGGCCUUCAUGAUCUAUGCUGCGCUAAUCAACCUGACGUACUUCUUGCCCGUCUGGUUCCAGGCAAUCGGCGGCAUGAGUGCCCUGCAGUCGGGCAUCAGUCUGAUCCCGUACUUUGUGGUCAACGCUGUCUUCUCGUUGGCGGCCGGCUGCUUUGUAUCCAAGUUCGGCUACGUGACACCGCCAGCCAUUUUAGGGAGUGCCAUCGGCACGGUCGGCCUGGGGCUCAUGACUCUGCUGCGGGUCGACUCAACAACGGCACAGUGGGCAGGGUUCCAAGUGGUGACGAGCAUUGGGUUCGGCAUUUCGAUACAGCAGGGCUUCAUGGCAGUGCAGACGGUGCUCGACCAGAAGGACAUGGCCAUCGCCACAGCAGCCGUGGUGGCAUCCCAAUCUCUCGGCGGCGCCGUGUUCCUCUUUGUGGGAAAUAGCGUCUUCCAAAACCAGCUUGUUCAGGCCACAGACGCGGGCCUGAUCGACAAUCUCGACAUCCAGGAACUCAUCAACAGCGGAGCAGCCUCCUUUCGCAACCUGGUGCCCCCCGAGGACCUGCCCCUGAUGCUGGAGAUAUACAACAAGGCACUCAUGACGGUGUUUACCCUGUCAAUCCCUCUCGGUGUCUUGGCUACCUUUAUUGCCUGCGCCAUUGAGUGGAAGUCGGUCAGAAAAGACAAAAAGAGUGAUGAAGUGAUUUCCUUGGAAGCUGGAACUGGAAUUUCAUAAUAAUUCAUAAUUAGCGAAGUAAUGAUUUUAAUUUUUAAUACACUUGGUCCAAGCAUAAAUAUCAAAUAUCCAUAUGCUUCAAGUUCCUUCAAUGGUGAUUAAGUGAGAUGAGAAGGAAGGUCCAUUGUCAGAAUGUUAGUCAGUGAGCUCUAGGCUUGGUUCCCGGUAGUUAGGUAUUGGGAGUACUGUACUCCGUCGUUACCCACCAGGUUGUCUCGACGUUGUUUUUGCCGGAUAAACCUAGGAUAAAAAGAG